AAAAUGAUGAAAAUCAAAAUAUUAAUAUUAAUAGUAAUUUAGAAUUAGGUAAUUUAAUAAAUUUAAGCUUACCAGAAUUCAAUUCAAAUUUUAGAUUAGAUAUUAUUAAUGAACAAUCAGAAAGUUUAAGAAAUAUAAAUGUAGGAAAUAUGUUUUAUGAUCCAAGUGCUCUAGUAGAAAAUAUUAUGAACCAAGAUGAUUUGGAAAAUAUUUAA